CUUUGUGGUGUUUUUUAGUGCUACGAUAUCAUCAGCAAAACUGAGUUUUGGAUUCACGAUUUAUUAACAAAAAAAAGUGUUGUUUGAAUAAUAAAAUGGCCACCGAAGAGGAGCAGCUCAGUCAGGUAAUUUUGCCGGUGAAGGAGCCGCUGGAUCUAAUUCGCCUGAGCUUAGAUGAAAAGGUGCACGUGAAGAUGCGCAACGAGCGGGAGCUGCGGGGGCGUCUACAUGCGUUCGAUCAGCAUCUGAACAUGGUGCUGGGCGAUGCAGAGGAGACCGUCACCACCGUGGAGAUCGACGAAGAAACAUACGAGGAGGUUUACAAAACCACAAAGCGCACCAUUCCCAUGCUGUUUGUGCGAGGCGAUGGCGUUAUCCUGGUAUCGCCAGGAUAUUCCCUUCGCGAGAAUUUAGCGCCUUCUAUUACCCACGGUUGCUGUGAUUACGCAGUGGCCUCGUCAUGGCUGCUCUUUGUUUGCGCUGGCGUCACACUUUCUCCGAUGAGCACUCUUGCCAGCUAAUAAACCAGAUCAUAAUUGUAA